AUGAAAUGGCAAAAUCUUUUUUCCCAAUUAGGCAACCAAAUUUCUUUUCUUUACCUCUCACGAUAUGGUGUUCACUUUUUGAUAGUAAUGUUUUGUAAAAAUGCUUGCCAUACCAAUUCCAACCGAAAAACACAGGGAAAAAUGUCUUGUAGUAAAAGGCCGUUAGAAGAUGAUUUUUUAAAGGGAGAAAAAAGGGCAAAGAGAGGCACUGAAAGCGAUGAUGAAUUUGCAGAUUUGGAAGAUGAGGUUAUGUUCAAGUCCAAUGAACUGGAAACUACAAACAGUGAUAUGUACUUGGAUUCAAUUAAUAGGAAAAUUCUCAAUUUUGAGUUGCCAUUUGAGUGUAGUAGUACUUUGGCUACUACAAAUGUUUUUGUGUGCCUUGUCUGUGGCAAAUAUCUACAGGGAUCGUCAACAUCAUCACCUGCAUACUUGCAUUCAGUGGAUAGUGAUCAUCAUAUAUUUAUAAGUCUUGAAAGCUUGAAGUUUAUUUUGCUACCUGAGCAAAAGGUACUUUCUAAAGAAAGGGAAUCAGAGUUGAAAGAUAUACAGCUUCUUAUUGAUCCCAAGUUUGAUGAACGAAUGGUCGAAAAGUUCGAUAAGGAACCAAUGCAAGUUGAAACAUAUUUACGUGAGCAGUAUACAGUCGGCUACAUACCCAUCUUGAAUAAACUAUCAGAUUUAGGUUUGAAGGUGGAUAAUACAGCAGUAAGCGACAAUGCCUUGUUCUACGCUCUCUCUCACUUAUCAAAGUUCAGAGAUUUUUUUAUCAAUUAUAACUAUUCGGAUACGGCACCAUUGAGUAACCAAGUGUCCCGGUUGAUUAGAAAUAUAUGGUCUCCUUAUUUAUUUAGGGGAUUCACAUCUUCCUAUGCGAUUGAGAAUUACCUUUCCACUUGUAAGAUACCACCUAGGAUACGAAGUGAUUUAAAACUGUUUUACAUGUGGAUAACGAACACAUUAAUUAAGGAAAAUAAAAGUCUCAAACCAAUAUUCACGGGUAAAUUAACAGCUGAUUCUGUUGACAAAAAGAACUUGACCACAUUCCUGACCUUGACUCUUUCAAUGCCUCAACAGUCGGUUUUCAAGGAUGGCACUUCAUCAUCAAUUGAGCAACAUGAUAUUGAAACUUUAAUAACCCAGAGAAAUUUCCAUAUUAAGAAGGCACCGGAAAUUUUAACCAUAUACAUUGACAGGACAAACCAUAUGAGAAUCGAAGGAAUAGAUCAAGAAUUAAAUAUGAGUAUUGUGAAAUUUGACCCCGAUUUACUCGAAGUUAACAAUACAUUCAAAUAUAGACUAAUAGGGAAUAUCACUUAUGAGAAUAAGGUGCAGAUAUUGAAUAAAUCACAAUCAAAAUGGAUGGAAUUUGAUGGUGUCUCUGUGAAGGAAGUUGAAAAAGAAUUACUUUUUAUAAACAAUUGUAAAUUACAAUUCUGGGAAUUACUUAUAUAG